AUGAACCCUUUGGAAGUUCCCCUUCUCGUUCUCCGCAUUCUCCAUAUCUACCUCCAAUCGUUCCUCAAGUACAUCCUUCCCUAUUCUCUCCUUCCCAAAAAGAGCUUCAAUCGCGAGAAAGUACUAAUUACCGGAGCUGGAAGCGGGCUCGGAAAGCUUCUGGCCCAGAAGAUUGCUGCUCGCGGAGCCGUGCUGAUCCUCUGGGAUGUGAACGGAAACGCGGUCGAAGAGCUGAGAGAUGAGAUUCAGAGAAACGGAGGAGAAGCCCACGCGUACCAAGUGGAUCUGUGCGACCCGCAGAAGACAGCCGAAGUGGCAGGCAGAGUUAUCGAAGAUGUCGGAAAAGUUGAUAUUCUGGUGAAUAAUGCGGGUGUGGCCACAGGUGAGCUAGCCCUUAAAGCUCAUCUAACGAAAAUAGUUUAGCCAAAUUGAUUCUGGACAGCACGGUGCAAGACAUUGAACGAUCGUUUGCAGUGAAUGUGAAAUCUCAUUUCUAUGUAAAUCUAAAUCUGUAAAUGCCUUCCACACACCUGUGCUCCAUUCAGACAGUUCAACAGUUUCUUCCGGCCAUGCUCGAUGAGAACAACGGCCACAUCGUCACAAUUGCGUCGGCCGCUGGAAAGAUGGCUUCGGCCGGAUUGGUACGUCUUCAGAUAUCUUCAGAUUCUCACUGUUUCCUCAGGCCGAUUACACGUCCACAAAGCACGCCGUCGUCGGAUUCCAUGAUUCCCUCGUCGCUGAAAUCUUGGCUUCUGAAAAGAGUGGAGUGAAGGCGACGCUAGUGUGUCCGUACUAUGUGCACACUGCCAUGUUUGAUGGAACCGGUGCCACUACCAGGUCUGAUCCAUUCGCGGGGAAUUCAAAUUCACUGUAUAUAGCACAGAUUUCCGUGGUUGUUCCCGAUUCUGACUCCGGAAUACGUCGUGCAGAAGAUAUUCGAGGCAAUUGAGACGGAACAAGAGUAUCUGGUCACUCCGAAGGCCUUCUAUUGGGUACUUCCGAGCACUCAAAUCCUCCCCUAUCGGGCUCAAAAACUCGUCGGCGACUUUUUCGGACUCAUUCAGAGUUUGGACAGAUUCCAUAGAUAA